UUAGUAAAGAAGAGAAGGAAGAAUGGUGGGUAGUGGAGCACCACAGAGAGGAAGUGCAGCUGCAGCUGCAAGCAUGCGUAGGAGGAAGCCGAGCAGCGGUUCAAGUGGAGGAGGAGCCUCUGGUGGUGCAGCCGGAUCCAUGCUUCAGUUCUACACUGAUGACGCACCUGGUCUCAAGAUCUCCCCUAAUGUUGUCCUUGUCAUGAGCAUCGGCUUCAUUGCUUUCGUCGCUGUCCUUCAUGUUAUGGGCAAGCUAUACUUUGUCAAGUGAUGAGAAGAGAGGCUUGAUAAACCAAAAAAGGGAUCAUAGUUGCAAGAAAUACCCUAAGUGUCUGCUAGCGAUCAGUAUUAGACAGUUGUUUCAACUCAUGUUUUAAUUUUGUCGAGUAUAAACUUAUCUAUAUGAAAUUUCCAUUUUCUUGACAUUGAAAUUUUUUUUUUAACC